AUGGAUAGAAGAAACCAGACCCGCAUCUACGAGUUUCUUCUCCUGGGCUUCUCCGAACACCCAGAGCAGCAGCCUUUCCUGUUCGGGCUCUUCCUGGCCAUGUACCUGCUCACCGUGCUGGGGAACCUGCUCAUCAUCGUGGCCAUAGGCUCUGACCAGCACCUCCACACACCCAUGUACUUCUUCCUGGCCAACCUGUCCUUCUCUGACAUUGGUUUCAUCUCUACAAUAAUUCCCAAGAUGCUGCAUAAUAUUGGCUCAGGAAGUAAAUUGAUUUCUUAUGGUGGGUGUCUGACACAACUCUAUUUCUUUGGCCUAUUUGCAGAUCUAGACAACUUUCUCCUGGCUGUGAUGGCACUUGACCGCUAUGUGGCCAUCAGCCAUCCCCUCCAUUAUGCCAUGGCCAUGAACUCCCAACGCUGCGUCCUGUUGGUGGCUGGGUCAUGGGUGGUCACUACCUUCCACGCCCUAGUGCACACCCUCCUAGUGACCAGGCUUUCCUUCUGUGGCCCCAAUAUCAUCCCCCAUUUCUUCUGUGAUCUGGUCCCACUCCUGAAGCUGGCCUGCUCCAGUACUUAUGUCAACGGCCUGGUGCUCAUCCUUGUGGCAGGAACACUGCUAAUUGGACCCUUUGUCUGCAUCCUUACAUCUUACUUUUACAUUGCAUUGGCUGUCCUAAGAAUUGAUUCUCCAAAGGGUAAGCAAAGGGCUUUCUCCAACUGUACUUCCCACCUCUCUGUGGUCUCUCUGUUUUACGGCGCAGCUAUUGGGGUCUAUUUAUGUCCUCCAUCACCCCUCUCAGGUGGAAAGGACAGAGUCUUCUCGGUGAUGUACACAGUGGUCACGCCCAUGCUGAACCCUUUCAUCUACAGCCUGAGAAACAGGGACAUGAAGGGCUCACUGGGAAAGCUCCUCAGGAGAAAAACACUCUAA